CUUCAGUUGACCCGCUCUGACCGCCUUAUAACGGAGCGCUUGCUCCCUCACAUCACCAUGUCCCAUACCAAUCUCCUGCAAUGGAGCAAUUCUAUUCGUUUUCUCAUUGCCAAUGAUUCUGGCCGAGAAUCUUUCCAACAGCAGAUCAAUACUCAUGGGUUUCUUUUUCUCGACGACUACCUCAACAACAUCCUUGUGAAACCGAAGCAAGAUGCACUUAUUGACCUCGUAAAGACGCCUAGUCGCCAGAAGAACCAUAUUCAAAUAUCCAAGAUCAAGAACCCUUCACCGUCAAAACUGAACAGAGUUAUGUCUUUAGAGGAUGAUGGCGACAAAGAGAACGCUUCACCUGUCAACAACUUCCAUAAGGCGCUUCUACAGGCAAGAGAAAAGGAAGACCAGCCUCGCCUUCCGACUGCACCUCUCGAGGUCCCUGUUACACCCCACCCGACUCAAGACUCCUCGAUCUCUGCUCACGAACCAAAUUCGUAUACGUUGGUAACCCCCGUUGUAUCAGUGACUUCGACCGAAGAUCCUACGGAGGUGGCGGAACAUUACGCUCCCCUCGAGCUUUCAGUAAUUGCUGAAGACGAUGAAUUAGCAGACCGUUCUAGGAUGUCGUCGCAUCCUUCCCCGGAGAAAUUUACUCAAUCCCCCACGAAGACCCAAGACCUGCCCGACGUAGUUGAGCAAGAGACCUCGACGAACGCAGCCGUCCAACCUUCAAAUCCGAAUGACUCAAUGCAUACCGCAGAUGCUAUUCUGCCACUAGCCGACACCUUCCACGCUAUUCCCUCGGAAUCUGCCCUGGUUCCACUCCUUCCCACCGUUGAUGAAACCGACACGCAACACGUUACGCAAGAGGUCACAGCGGAAAUCGAAGUGGAACGAAAGUCUACGGAAGAUGCUCAAACAGAACAGAACGACCCAACGCUCUCACUCGCUGGAACGAAAGGGGAGGACCAUACCAGUACCAUUCCAGUUUUCCCAUCACUCCCUGCUCCCAUCCCCAUUCGAAAAUCUGUCCGUGUACUCUCUGAAACCUCUGCCGAACCAGGUUUCCUUGGUGCUUUCACUCCCGCUGCUGCCAUCACCAAGCGAACCUCAUGGCUGAUGAAGUCCAGGGAGGUGAAAGCCCUCGAAUCUGUCAACGGUAAAGCAACGAAUUUCGCGACCGUUAGUACACACGUAACCACUAUUCCCGGAGUCCCCAGCAAGAGAAAGAGUGAUGAUAUGCUUGGCGCAGGUGUUCCAGGAAUGGCACGGCAAGAUGAAGGGGAGCGCGCCGCAAAAGUUGCGAAGAAGGUGGAUACUGAUAUGAUACCGCGGAAGGUAGGAGAGGAAGAACGACCUGAGACCCCAACAGAAGCUGCCAAUGAGGGUGACGAAUUUACCCAGGUGUUGGAACCGCAGGGCGGAGAACAGAAAGGAAUGCUGGAUCAGUUCAAGAGGACCGUCGAAGGUCUCGGUGCGCGUUUCGGUAAGAGUACGGGGAAGUCGAUGGGCGGAGGGUUGAUUUCAAAUGCACUUGCGGAGGCACGCGCUGCUGCGGAAGCCAAAGUUGCCGAAAGGAAUAGACGAGACGAAGAUGUCAUGAUGGACGGGCCGUCCCUCAGUAAAUUGCUGGGUACGAACGAACCUGUUUCAGAGCCGCCUAGUACGGGCUCGUCACUUCAACAGGCGGACUUAAGUACUCAGGGUGUGGAAGUUGUCGCCGUUGAUCUUCCCAGUCAACCAUGCCAUUCACGGCUAAGUGUGUCUGACCUUGCUCUACCAGAAGAUUCGAAGGAACAGGAUUCCGAAAGGAAGAAUAUAUUGUCACUAUUCCCUCCAGAGCACGAGAAUAAACUCCUUUCUCAGACUAACAAACCCUCCUCGACAACGCCCGUUUCUCCAUUCGGCAAGUUAUUUGACAAGACGUCUCCAGUUUUCAUACCUCCGUCGCUACCUCCUGCUACUUCCAAACCUGCACAACCGGUGUCACCUCGUUUGGCAUCUACGAAACCACCUUCUAUUACCGUUGGGUUGUCCCCAAGGCUACCUGCCUCGCCUCCCAUGGGACAACAGAAACGACCGCCUCUUUCUGCGCAAUCGACUUGGGAGAGCCUUAAGAGUGAAGCUUCCGAGAGGGUGUUCAGCAGUCAAGAGCCACCAGCUUGGAUGCCUUCGAGCCAAGAUACAGAGUAUUCUGCUGCAUAUGAAGCUCAACCACAGCGAUUCACUCAGUCGGACGAAGAUGAUAGCUGGCCGAUUGACGGCAAGCUUGGGGAGAAGAUUAAGCAGUGGCCAUUCGGAAUGACGCUCAACAAUGAUAGGGAUAGCCUCACAUGGAGUUCUGCGCCCACCGACAGUCAGAAGCUCAAUACAAAUGUGGAUGAGAUGGAGGUGACUGAGGACCAUAGCCAGGGUCCCGUAACACAUGAUCAUAAUGUGCCCGGCUCAUACUGCAUGGACAUGGACGAUGAAGAAGAGUCAGCCGAUAAGGAUGCUGAUAUGAGUAUCGAUAAUGUUAAACCGACUGUCAGUUUUGUGGAGUCCACGGUGCCGCAACAAGAUAGAAGUAUACCGUUAUCAUCAUCGCAAACUGAAGAACAAUCGCAGCCAUCGCAAGGAGGAUUCUUUGGACAUGCCACAAAGUUGGUCAGCAAUGUACUCGGUACAAAUAAGAAGCCCAAGGCAGAGGUGAAAAGUUUGCAACUAGCGGCUGCUGCUGCCAAGAAGCAACAGGAGGAGAAGGAUAAGAAAGCGACUGUCUUGAAGAACAUGGAGAGCCGACGACAGUUGGUCUUGCAGAAGAAGGUGGAAGAGGAAAGAACCCGGCAACUCGAAGAGGAACGAAAAAUGAAAGAAGAAGCUGAAAGGCGGAAACGAGAACGGGAAGAGCACACAGGCAAGAUUCUUGUGAAGCCGGCCGCAAAGAAGGAGGACGACCUCACUGGCAAACGCAAGAUUGAACUCAAGAAGCCAGUCGCAGGAGGCCUGAACUCAUCUGCAUCUUCGAAGCCGACCUUCAAGCCAGCAAUUAAGUCGACCCCUUCCACGGUUUCCGUGGUUGGCUCUUCCAGUAUUGGCAUGCCACCUGCGAAUUCCGUGUCGAAGAUGAAGGCGAAAACCCCGGCGAAAGGUGAAGACGACGAUUUUGCUCAGCCGUCACAAGUGGUCCAGAACCAAAUGAGCGCACGCGCCAAAGCGCAGAUUCAAGCAUCUAAACAAACGGAAUCUGUCAUUCCUAGCGAAAGCAUCGAGUUACCUGAAAUCAAUAGUGAAUAUUCGGACUCCGACGAUGAAGACCGAAAAAGAGCUUUUGAUCCCCCGGAUUGGGCACAGUCGCCGGAGUUGAGACAGGCAUUGCAGAUGCAAAGCACUAUAAACCCGGAUGAGAUAUUCGGAGCCAUUCAGCCACUUCGAAUGGAAGAGAUAUUUAGGAAUGGCAGGACAAGCCGAUUCAGACCUAGAAGUAGCUCCGCCAAUUGGAACGGGACCGAUAGACUGACUGCAGAGGAAGAGAGAGACUAUGCCCGGCGGAUGGGUUUUAGAUGAAUUUCGGGCAGUUGGGUCCAUCUCUGGGAGUCCUUGAGACAGACCAAAAUUUUCGGUUUUUUUGCAGCAUCUCCAUCCACUUAUGUACUCUAGAAUAUUUUUCACCCGCUAAACUAUUCAAAACCUUGAUUGAAUAGGUUGCGAGAUGCGCACUGGAGCUCAGGGUUAAUUAGCCAUAACAACCAGUAUACUCAGUUGGAGUAUCGCAUUCAUAAGACC